CAAAAGACUUUCUAAUCGACAAGGCUCAUGGCUUUAUGUGCUUCUUUAAAUUAUAUUUCUAUUCUCCAUUAAUCCUUCUUGUUCUUCCAUCUUUUCUUUCACUCAAUUGUAUUCCGAUUCUGUCUCCAAAACUUACCGCCCCUCUGGUCUCAAAUCUGUGACUCAAUCCAUUCUAUCCUUGGUCCGUACGACCGUACAUCCGUCCUCCGUCGCUCCGCACGGCUUAAAAGUAUGCUGGUUUAUUGUGCUUUGCCGCUGCCAUCAUGUCCACCGACAUGUCCGGUCCAUCUUUGAGGAAGAAGUCAUUUGCGCGGAGCUCCAAACCGACCGUCAAGAUGUGUAUUCGGGAGCAGAGGGAGGUCAUAACCAUGUCAUCUCCAGAGAUGUGCUGGCCGGUGCCGAUGCGAGCCAUCGGGGCUCAGAACCUCCUCACCAUGCCAGGAGGAGUUUCCACCGCAGGGUACCUCCACAAGAAAGGAGGCAGCCAGUUCAGCCUCAUGAAAUGGCCACUGAGGUACACCAUCAUCCACAAGGGCUGUUUGUACUAUUUUAAGAGCAGUACCUCUCCUGCACCACAGGGGGCAUUCUCUCUCAAUGGCUAUAACAGAGUGAUGAGAGCAGCAGAGGAGACAACCUCCAGUAAUGUUUUUCCUUUUAAGAUCGUCCACUUCAGUAAGAAACACAGGACGUGGUUUUUUUCUGCAGCCAGUGAGGACGAGAGGAGGAAAUGGAUGCGACACCUGCGGAGGGAGAUAGAUCACUAUAACGACCGGAAGGAGUCCCACAUUAUUAGUGACUCAGAUUCAGACGCCGACAGUUUCUAUGGCACAAUUGAGAAGCCCAUGGAUAUCAGACACACCGACAGUAAUCCAGAUGACGAUUACACUGAGGAGGAUGACGAUGACGAUGAUGAAGACUAUCUGAAGCCAGACACCGAGUGUUCCCCGACAUCUACAGGUCGACCCACAGGGCCACCCCCCUCCUAUCCUCCUCCCCCAGUGCCGGCAGUGUUCCAGUCCCGUCAGGACUCCAGUCCAGGAGUCAACAAAGGCCCGCCUCCUCCCAUCCCAUCACCAAACAGAAUCCAAGCCACCCUGUUUCCUAAAAAACCCCUGCCCUCCUUCCCCCCUCCCUCCAUACCGAAGGACCACAAUAAAGGCCCGCCUCCUCCUGUCCCCUUUGCUUCCCACCUGCACAAGCCCCCAUCUCCUGCCCCUCCACCUCCUCCUCCCCCCAACCUAAAGAGAACUUUUCAGAACAGGGCAGUAUCCAUUGGGGAGCCCGGGAAUGACAAGAAAGACUGGAGGCCUCUGCCGGCCAUUUCAGUCCAUUCCCUCGCCCCUGUACCCAUCUGUGACCAAUUAGGGACCAAGAUGGUCCUAAACGGUCCUGCCCACUGCUCCUUUAAUGCUGGAGGGAGCCAGUUACUGGGAAACAAUCAACAGGGGGUGAUGAGCAACCUCCGCAGCAAGCCAACUCUACCAACUCCUCAUUCUGCAAAUAUGGGAGGGUCCACCAUCCACCCUCCGCUCUCUCCUCUACUCAAAACUGGACUACACAAUAAACCAGGGGUACCCAAAGCUCCGCUGCCAGCUGUCAAACCCCUGAUGCUUGCAGCCAAGUCCAAGCAGCCAGGAACCCCACUUCAAAGAUCAUCUCCAGAAGGCCAGAGCUUCCGCGCAUUAGUAGACAAGGCAGCGUCAGAGUUCAGGAGGACACGAGACAAUUCUGAUGAUGACUACGAGAACAUGCAGCUGCCAGACUCUGUGUUCAUCGACACGACUGAAACCAGUUUUGUAGAAAAGUUAUUCAGAGAGGGCCCCGUCCCUCCACAGGACGGACUGUACGGCAUCAGAAACUCUGGAACCAAAACCUCCAAGGUGCUGGUGGUGUGGGAUGUCAGUAUAGGCAAAGCCAGAAACUACCGACUGUUUGAAGAGGAGGACCGCAUCUUUCUGGGCGGUGAAGUGACCUUCCCAAAUCUGUCAGCUCUGAUUGAACACUACCACAACCAUCCGCUUCCUCACCACGGCUCGCUCUGCCUGCAGAGGCCCUUCACAAGGACAGUGAGCAUCUGAUGGACACAGUCAAAAAAUACAACUGAAACCAAAGCAGAGGAAUGGGGAGUCCGGACCUCGCUGCAACCGAAAUCGGUCCUCGUCAACGCAACACGUGGAGAUAAACUCACACAGAUUAAAUAACUGUCACAGUGUAUUACGCUGGACAAAAAAAAAACUGAUCAUUCUCCACCUGUUGUAGCACCAGAAAGCACCAGAAAGCUCCAUGUUAAGCAGCAAGGACAGUCACUCUUCUAAAAUUCUGACUUUUAAGACACCAGGUAUUGUUUGUGCAAAUGGAACAUUAUUUAAUCUAGACUUCAGUCUUCAGUUUUAGCAAGCACUCUAAUUUUCUUUUGCACACUGAACAGAUCAGUUACUGUAAAUACACAUUAAUUAUUAAUGGCAGAUUUUAGUUAUGACAAUGAUGAAACCUUUCCAAAGAAAGAGAACAUGCUCUAAUGGACCAGACAUCUUAAUUCAUCAGACAUCUGCUCUGUUUUUGAAGCACUCCUGUUGCUUUAUACAAACUGUGAAGCACAAUCCAAGAGCCAGUCCGAUGAAUGGGAUUGUGAGUUUACCUGUGGUUCCUGUGGGUCUAUCCCAAUGCCGACACUUGCAGUAUUUCCAAGAGGUCAAGUUCCUACUUGGAAGAUGUAGAAGAUUUAAGCAGGGUCAACCAUACACCACUACAGCUGCAAUCAGAUGGCAGUGAACAGCAAACAUGCAUUCGGGAAUCUAGAAGUUAUCUAGAACCACAACAGCCUACUGUGUAUAAAACACAUAACAUGUUAUUAUUAUUUUUGAAUGGUUUUGUUUCUGGUAAAACAUAUAGGAAAGGAUUUCUCAAAAUCACCAAAGUAUACUAAUAUUCCUUUUUACAUUGUCAUAUAUCCAUUAUUCUUCUCAUCAGUCUCAUUGAGAUUCAUAUAUUUUGGAUAUUUAGUGAUAACUAUUUGUGAAGGGUCUGCCAUAAGUGCAUAUUGUUUGGACAUGAAUAAUAUUCAGGCUUGAUCCGACAUGUCUGCUGGUUAUUGUCAGUCCUAAACAGUAAUUGCGUUACUGCUAAUAACUGGACUGGUGUGAGACUGUGGUGAAUUGUGGGAUAGACUAAGCCCUGAAUGCCACUCUGAAGUGCCAAUAGGAUGUGCGUGCAUCAAGUGUGGGCUGAGUGAACUUCACAUUGACAGUUUUCAGACGUGGAACACACUCGCCUACUACCUGGAGGCACUCGAUAUCUGCUUAAAUGUUGAAGACCGCAAGUGUAGGCACAGGGACAGACCCGCCGUCUCCUGUCCUCUGAUCAUUUGCCCCAGCACGGUUCAAAUCUGCCCACUUUCAGGACCAAACACAAAGACUUGUCACCCGAAACAGAUGCAGAUACUGUACACUGAACCACAAGUGUCGAAGUUUUGAAUGUGGGGGCAGCUGUAUCUUUCUAGAUUUCACAAACCUUCAGUCUCCUGUCGAGACUUCGUACCUCUAUCAUUAGAAUUAGAAUUAACAGGCGACAUCUCUCUUUCUUACUGUGCAAAAUGCGUACACAUCUUGCUUGUCAAGGUGCAGAGUCCUGUACUGUUUGUGGGACUUAUGCCUCCCAAGGACUUGUAACACUGUAGAACACUCUUUAAAAAAAUUUCAAUUUUUACUACAUUAGAAGCAGUACAACAUUUUCCACUCAAAUUGGCUCUUUAUCAGGUCUUUGGGCUUUCGACGAUGUUGUACUUUUUCUGAUGUAAAACGGACAUUUUAAAAGUAUCAUUCUGCAGUGGUGCAAGUCCCUGAAAGGUAGAAAACAUCCAUGUAUUAAAAUCAAAUAAAACCAGACCAUUACUGGUGCAACGUCUUAGACUGAACGUGAAGAAAUCGGAACUCAUUUUGUACUGAACUGCAAAAAUGUUGACAUUCUGCAAAUACAGUUUGUACAGCACUGAUUUUAAUGCUGUAAAUCACUCUAUAUUUAUAUGUAAAUGCUGUGUAUACUGUAAAAAAAACAUGUCUGUAAAAAUGUAAAUAUAUUGUUUUCUACAGAAAUACAUGU